AAGGCCGAACGCCGGGGGAACAAUUCAAGUGGCUAUUUUACUAAAAUAAAUUUGUACCGAUCUAAAGCCGGCGUCCGGAUCAAGUGAUGGCAGAAGACCGGUGUUCACAAAUCGAAGCUGAAUUGUAUUACCUCAUUGCUAGAUUUCUCCAGUCGGGACCGUGCAAAAAAUCGGCUCAGAUCCUAGUGGAGGAGCUGGAGGAGUAUGAGCUUAUCCCCAAACGAUGGAGUUGGGACGGCAAACAAUAUAAACGAAACUUCGAAGACUGGGUGACCCUCAACCAGCAUAUCCCAGCAGACUACCUGCUGCGUCUGUGCCAGCAGAUUGGCCCGCUCUUGGACAAGGAGAUCCCGCCAAGCGUCCCCGGGGUCCGGACUCUGCUCGGACAUGGCAGGCAGUCUCUCCUGCGCAGUGCUAGAGGCUGCACCUACACGGUAUGGAGCGGCACUGCCUUUGCCGCCCUACAUCGGGGAAGGCCUCCAGAACCACCACUCACCUACGGGAGGCCGCCCAACAUUGCUUCCAUUUUGGGGGCCCGCCAGGCCACAGGCACGGCCCGCUUUGGCCACGUGUUCCCCUCCGCCGCCUAUCAGCACAUGAAGAUGCACCGGCGCAUCCUGGGCCACCUGUCGUCGGUGUACUGCGUGGCCUUCGACCGCACUGGCCGCCGCAUCUUCACGGGCUCGGACGACUGCCUGGUGAAGAUCUGGGCGACGGACGACGGUCGCCUCCUCUCCACGCUGCGUGGCCAUGCCGCCGAGAUCUCCGACAUGGCGGUCAACUACGAGAACACGCUGAUCGCCUCGGCCAGCUGCGACAAGGUCAUCCGGGUGUGGUGCCUGCGCACCUGCGCCCCCAUCACUGUGCUCCAGGGCCACGCCGCCUCCAUCACCUCCAUCCAGUUUUGUCCGUCAGUGAAAGGAACAGCGCGGUACCUGGCAUCCACCGGGGCUGACGGGACAGUGUGCUUCUGGCAGUGGCACUCCCACAGCAUGAAGUUCAAUGACCGUCCGGUCAAAUUCACCGAGCGGUCCCGGCCAGGGGUCCAGAUCUCCUGCUCUUCCUUCAGCUGUGGCGGGAUGUUCCUGGCUACCGGCAGCACCGACCAUGUGAUCAGGGUGUACUACCUGGGCUCUGAGACGCCUGUGAAGCUAUCAGAGCUGGAUGCCCACACGGAUAAAGUGGUGGCAGUCCAGUUCUGCAACAACAGUGACGGCCUGCGCUUCGUCAGCGGCAGUCGGGACGGCACUGCCCGGGUCUGGCACUACCAGCAGCAGGAGUGGAAGGCCCUCACCCUCGACAUGACCACCAGACUGCCAGGGAGUGCGGCCGCCUCUGGGGAGGAUAAGACGACCAAGCUAGUAGUGACGAUGGUGGCCUGGGACCGUGGGGACAGCACUGUCAUCACCGCCGUCUCCAACUACCUGCUGAAAGUGUGGAGCUCCACGACGGGCCAGCUCCUGCAUGUCCUGUCGGGUCACGACGAUGAGGUGUUCGUCCUGGAGGCCCACCCCUUCGAUUCCCGCAUCAUGCUGUCUGCCGGGCACGACGGCAACAUCUACGUCUGGGACCUGUCCAAGGGCACCAAAAUCCGCAACUACUUUAACAUGAUUGAGGGCCAGGGGCACGGGGCCGUCUUCGACUGCAAGUUCUCGGCCGACGGGCAGCACUUCGCCUGCACGGAUUCCCACGGGCACCUGCUCAUAUUUGGCUUCGGCUGCAGCAGACCCUACGAGAAGAUCCCGGACCAGAUGUUCUUCCACACGGACUUCCGGCCGCUGAUCCGGGACUCCAACAACUUUGUGCUGGACGAGCAGACGCAGCAAGCGCCCCACCUCAUGCCACCCCCCUUCCUGGUGGAUGUGGAUGGCAACCCCCACCCCCCCCAUUACCAGCGCCUCGUGCCCGGCCGGGAGAACUGCAAGGAGGAGCAGCUGGUACCCCAGCUGGGCUACAUGGCAAACGGUGAUGGUGAGGUAGUGGAGCAGGUGAUUGGCCAGCAAACAGCUGGGGAGGAGCCAGAGGAGAGCCCUCUGGAUGGGCUGAUCAGACAGCUACAGCACCAGCAAGACCAGAACCUGAUUUCAGGGGCGGAGCCUGCAGCGCGUGGGCCGGCGGAGGGGAUGGGCUCGCCCCCGAACGUGGGCCUUCGGCGGAGCGGGCAGGUGGAAGGCGUGCGGCAGAUGCACAACAACGCCCCCCGCAGCCAGAUGGCCACGGAGCGCGACCUGCUGGCCUGGAGCCGGAGGGUGGUGGUCAACGAGCUGCAGCUGGGGGUGUGCAGGGUGAUGGAGGAGUGUCGCCUGGCCAAGGGCGAGGCGGAGAGCACGCUGUACAACAUGGAGAGGAAGAAGAAGCCAGCCCACAGUGCCCCCAGGAGCGAACCACAGGCGCCGGGCAUGCGCUCCCUGCGGCGCACACGGCACAAACAGCAACAGCACACCUACCACACCAGGUCGGCCAUCGAGCGCCGGCCGCCGGACAGGGCCCGCAGAACGGCCAGCGCCGACAGCCAGGGGGAGAGCGACAGCGACGACGAGCCCGAUGAGGAGCAGGUUGAAGCCAGUGACGCGUCCUCAGAAGGCGAGGCACAGUGGCAGAGUGACAGCAGCUCCAGCGAGUCCUCCAGUGAGUACUCGGACUGGACGGCGGACGCAGGCAUCAACCUGCAGCCCCCUAAGCGGCCGACCAGGAGGCCGGUGCGUCACCCAGGCAGCAGCAGCUCGGAGGAGGAGGAGGGAGAGGGGGAGGGAGAGGAGGCGAGGCGGCGGCAGCCGGAGAAGAGGAAGAAGCCCAAACAGACCAAGCAAAAGAAACCCAGCUCGUCCUUGUCUUUGGCUGGGCGCGAUGCCGAAGAAUGGCUGCCCCCGUCCUGGAUCAUGGAGACCAUCCCCCGCCGCUCGCCCUUCGUGCCGCAGAUGGGGGACGAGCUCAUCUACUUCCGACAGGGCCAUCAGGCCUACGUCAGGGCGGUGCGUAGGGCUCGCUCCUACAGCAUCAAUCCUCAGAAACAGCCAUGGAACAAGCUGGACCUCAGGGACCAGGAGUCGGUGAAGGUGGUGGGGAUUAAGUACGAGGUGGGGCCGCCCACGCUCUGCUGCCUCAAGCUGGCCUUCCUGGACCGCAUCUCAGGAAAAAUGACCGGCGAGUCCUUCUCGCUCAAGUAUCACGACAUGCCCGAUGUCAUUGAUUUCCUGGUGCUGCAGCAGUUCUAUAAUGAGGCCAAGGAGCGCAACUGGCAGUCAGGCGUCCGCUUCCGCAGCAUCAUCGACGACGCCUGGUGGUUCGGCACCGUGGAGAGCCAGCAGCCUUUCCAGCCGGAGUACCCGGACAGCCUGUUCCAGUGCUACGCUGUGCGGUGGGACAACAGCGAGAGGGAGAAGAUGAGCCCCUGGGACAUGGAGCCCAUUCCUGAUGAGGCCUCGUUCCCGGAGGAGGUGGGCGACGGGGUGCCGGUGACGGAGGAGGAGCUGAAGGCCCUCCUGUACAGACCGCAGGAGGGCGAGUGGGGCCUACACACGCGGGACGAGGACUGCGAGAGGGUAAUCCGCGGGAUAGACGACCUCCUGACACUGGAAGUGGCCAAAGCAUUCGCCUCUCCAGUGGACCUGAGGGACUAUCCACUGUACUGCACUGUGGUGGCUUACCCCACUGACCUCAGCACUAUCCGCAAGAGGCUGGAGAACCGCUUCUACAGGCGGAUAUCGGCCCUCAUGUGGGAGGUGCGCUACAUUGAGCACAACGCCCGAACGUUCAACGAGCCGCAGAGCCCCAUCGUCACGGCAGCCAAGAUGGUGACGGACGUGCUGCUGCGAUUCAUUGGGGACCAGAGCUGCACAGACAUUCUGGACCUGUACCAUAAGGUGAAGACGGAAAUGAGCAGUGGUGCUGAGGAUGAGCAGGACAUGGAAGUGGACGUGGAUUCGGACACCCCCGGAACCUCCACUGGACACCGGCGGGCCCAGCCCACGGUGAAGAAGCGCGGCGUGGUGCUGGAUGUGCAGGCGUGGCACGGGCAGUGCCGUGAGCUGCUCCGCCGUAUGCUGGAGAGCGAGGACUCUGAGCCCUUCCGCCAGCCGGUCGACCUCUUCGCCUACCCGCAGAAGCACAGUGGUUGAUGGUCGGUCCUCCUUCCCCUCUCCCAGGAUUACAGAGACAUCAUCGACACGCCGAUGGACUUGGGCACGGUGUCCGAGACUCUGGCCGCCGGCAAUUAUGAGAACCCUAUGGAGUUUUCCAAAGACGUCCGGCUUAUCUUCAGCAACUCCAAGGCCUACACCCCCAACAAGAAGUCUCGGAUCUACAGCAUGACCCUGAGCCUGUCGGCCUUCUUCGAGACGCAGAUCCUGUCCAUCAUCUCGGACUACAAGUCCGCCGUGCAGAACCAGCGGCGCAGCCGGCAGAGGCUGAGCUACCGCAAGCGUCUGCGCAGCAGCAGCAGCUCCCCGCCCACCAGCCGGCCCUCCAGUCCUAAAGGGAAGCACAAGUCAGGGAAGACUAACUCAAAGUCAGCCUCCAAAACCUCCCUCCCUGCGUCCAGGAGCCGAUCCAGAAGGUCAUCUCAAGCGUCGGAGGCGAGCGGCUCGGCGAUGGCGGAGGAUGACGGGGACAGCCAGCCCUCCUCCAGUUCAGGGACCGGGAGCCGGAGCAGGGGCCCCGGCGCGGGCAGAGUGACACGUAGCCGAGCCACACCCAUCAAGACCUCAGAGUUGCAGAGCAAUGGCCCCCUGACCAACGGCGCCGGCCGAGCCCUGAGCAUGUCCACCCGGAGGCGAUUGGGCCUGCGGACAGAGGAGACGGCACCGUCCGCAGCAUCCAGCAGCUCCUCUUCCUCAUCAUCGUCAUCUUCCUCUUCGUCGUCGUCAUCCUCAUCGUCCUCGUCCUCCUCGUCAGAGAGCGAGAGCAGCUCAGAGUCGGACGUCGGAGAGUUUGUGGACGGGGGAGACCAUGACUACAGCAAAGCCCCCCGCCUGCGGCCCCGGCACAACGCCAAGGGCGCGGCACCCGCCGGCGGGAAGAGGCAGAGGAAAGAGGCCGGCGGGGCCACCAGGGGCGCGGCCAAGCGAGCACCUGGAAGACGAGGCCAGGCGGCAGGAGGAGGAAGAUGAGGAUGAGGACGAGGAUGAGGAGGAGCCGGAGGAGGAGGAGGAGCCCGAGGAAGAGGAGGAGCCGGAGGAGGAGGAGGAGGAGGAGGAAGAGGAGGAGGAGGAGCGGGACCAGGGCGGAGCACAGAGAAAGCCGCAGGGCAGGCAGAGCCCGGCCAGCGGAAGUCCGCCAGGGUCAACACCCGCAACCAGGGCCGGCGGACUGUGCUGUACAACGACGACUCUGAGGACGACAGCCUGGCGCCCACUGAGGACCCGCUAAACUUGGGCAUGUCCCGUUCGGGCAGGGUCCGCCGCAUGACCGAAAAAGCUCGGGUCAGCCAUCUGAUGGGGUGGAACCACUGACCCCACCCUCCCCACUCCUUCUCUCUUUGUCCUGCCACCUUACCUACCAACCUGUUGUGAUUACCAGACACUUUAAUCAAAAAUGGAUUGACUACAUUUGUACUGCAGGGAUUUUUUUUUCUUCUAUUUUAUUAUUAUUUUUUUUUUAUUUGCUUGUGUAGGAAACUGUUUACGACCUUUCAGCCGGCAAUGGUGCUCUCACAUAUUCGCCGACAAACCCUCGCAGGUCUUUGGAGUUCCUCAUCAAAGUGGACCCCCCUCUCCCCCCCAACUCUCCCACGCCCGCCUUACUGCACUCCAAGGCCUUAAAACCAUUACUUGUCACCCCUCCCCCACGCAACACCAUCACACCCACACACACGCACCCUUCAGCUUCCUCUACGGACAAGGCCCAGGGAUACCAAAAAUGUAUGCUUAUUUAUUUAUUUUGUAAAUCUUAGUACAGUUAUUUGGUUUCCUUUAUUUCCAGUGGGGAGGAUUAUGCCGCCUCCUGUCCAUUUCCAAGUGUCAGUGCUUCCUUUAGCUGCCCGUGUCUCUGGAUGUGAGCCUGUUCCUCCCACAGUGACCCCCCAGCCCCUUGGCCACCUAGGUCACUGCAGCCCUUGUGUGCGCUAAUGGGUCUCAGAGAUUUUAACGUCACGUCUCAGGCCAGGUGCUUUUAAGUCUUUUCCCUAUCGCAUUCCUUGAAUGAAAUGCAGAAUCUCAAAAAAAUUUUAAUCCUUCCUUUUAAGGGUCAUCACAUGCUAAUUGAUUACUGUUACUUCUCUCAGUUCCAUGCCACUUGUACACGUGUGCUGCCCUGAGACUGAAACCCCUUUUGAAUCAUGGAGAAUCAGACAAUUUGAGGUGGUUGUUUUUAUAAAGGAAUUAAUGCUUAGCUCCAUUUUUAGUGCUGGUAAUCGAUGUCAUUCUGGUUGAUCGAAACUCAGAUCGUUUCCAUUGUGGCACUGGCAUUAAAACCUGCACUCUUCCUUAUUGUUUUUUAUUGUUAUUUUUAACCUGUAGCAUGAUGCAUCAUGGGAUUUUUUAGAAGAGGCCCACCAAAUGCCACUUCUCACUUCCACAUGCUGAA